AGGUAUUGGCCAACAGCAUUGUUUGAUCUCCUGACCAGUGUGUCCCGUGUCACAACCCACCACCACCAACCACGCCCAAUCCAGCCUAAUUUCCAUCUAUCUGGGCAUCUUUGUAAUCACCCACUCAGAAGUCAAGCCUCUGUAUAGCUAGCAUGAUGGAGGCCCUCUCGCCGAUGGGCGAGACCGUGAUGGAGACGUCGUCGGUGCUUCCGAGCCCUCAGUCCUCCAACCUGAUGCUGGGGGUGGGCGAGGAGUCUAUGGAAACCAUGACGAUGUCGCCCAAGGCUCCAGAGACACAGGAGACAAACAAUGAGAGGCUACAACAGAUACCUGCCCCAGUCCUGUCAACAGAUGGCACACUUCACAGCCUAAACACACCAUUUGCCGGAAGCCUCUCCAAUUUGGUGCUACCUGGAAUUCCAAACGCAGCAGCCGCUACAACCUCCUUCUUCCUUAACGCAACAAGCCCUACAACAGUGGCAGCGCCAUUCCUGCUUAACCAGUCUAGCCUGACAACGGCCACGGCUGGUGCGCCGCAGUUCUUGAUGAACGGAAGUCCAGGUGUCCAUCCCAAUACAACGUUCUUGUUGAACACCAACCCAGGGAAUAGCAAUAUGCAGACAUUUUUGCUGAAUCCAAACAUGGCAGCUCAGGGAACGCCGUUAAUGGUGCAAACUCCACAAACUAAUACUGCCUUUUUAGUGAACCCAGGUGUCCUGAACACAAGUGCAAACACGUUAUUGUUAACGCAUCCCGGCUUGGCAGGAUCAAAUGGUGCCCUCAUGUUGGCUGCUAACCAAGGAGCAGCUGCAUUACCGCAGGUCCAGCCACAGCUCCAACAGCAGGUCCAGCCACAGUUCCAACAGCAGGUCCAGCCACUGCUCCAGGCACAGGUCCAACAGCAGGUCCAGCCGCAGGUCCAACCUGCGAUGACUCCUGCACUGGUGGAAAACACAAUGGACGCUUCAUCAAGCGAAGUGCAAGCGCAGCAACAGACUGCUGCAUCGGACACAAGUAGUACUUUACAAUUACAGACGUUGCAAUUGCCCAUUGGGACGUUACCUGGGGCUUUAAUACAGACUGACGGAGCACAGAAUGUAAUCCUGCAGCCGAGGAUGGAUCCAGCCGAGAGUGACACUUCUUCCAUUUCAGAACUGUCUCAAGGGGUGGUGGAGGAGAACUCAAUAACUGAAAACAUCAGGGAAAACAAAGACAGUAAGUACAUGUUCUUGUCAUGUUUUUAUUUUGUAUUUGUGUUGUUUGAUAGUGUCUUGACCUUCCUGUCAAUCCAAUUGUAUUCUUAUUAAAACACAUAUUCAGAUUCUGACAAGCUUUUUGCGAUUCUCUUGGUGAUAUCCAUUUCAGACUUGUCCUUGAUCCCUGUCAAAGAGGACAGUAUUUUGUUUCCAGUGCUUCACACAUCCCUACAAGUUAAAGCAUGAUGGACAGAUACUGAAGUCAUACCCCUUGUAAAUUCAAUGUUUUUAUUUAUUUUUUUAUUUAUUAAAGAAAUAAAUGCAAUCAAUCAAUCAAUCUUUUUCUUCAUGUUUCAGUCAGAUGACAAGAUAAGUGACUUGAAAUACCAUUAAAAAAAAUAGAAUCAAUAAGCUGAGAUGGCAAGAAUUAUGAAUAAGUAAAACUGCAUAGAGUCUACAAAUUUUUUGUGUUUAUUUAUCUUUAUUUUUAAUUCUUAAAUCUAAAUAUUUGUAGGUAUAUACAGAUUGUUUUUGAUUCAUUACCAAUGCAUAUGUACAUCCAAUGUUGGGGACAAAUCUAGAUGACAAAUUGAAUACAACAUAUUCUCUGAUCAUAAUGCAUGCAUGAACCCCUAGCAGCUCCAACUGUUAUUUGUAUCUGGCCAAACUAUGCAGAAAGCUAUAAGUUUAUACACAGGGACAAACAAUCGGGAGACAGAUCAGUGCAAAUUUCAUCGUUGAUGAGGAUCAGCAUCGGCCAGCUGGCCACCGAUGUAAAUGUCUUCGCCAUUCUCAGGCAAUGUUACUCAAUUACAGCUAAUUGCUUCUAAUGAAAUGUGAUCAGAUGAGCAAGUAAGCCAGAUGCGGGUUGCAUCUUGGUGUAUGUAUCACCCGUAGUUGGUGGGUGGCUUGGCUGUGGAUGCUGGUGAAUCGCGACAGAGAGGGGCCUAGUCAGCAGUGGCAUACCUACUUUCAGAGACCACAGGCAUUUUAAUUGUGUGUUACUAAAGAUGAUACAUCAUUGAUUUUUUUGAUGAGCUGCUUUCAUUUUUUUCUUUUUUGGGUGGGGCUAGGACAGGAAGAAUAUCCUAGGGUAGUUGCAUAAAGUGCUUUGGUAAAAUUAUUCUAUUGAUUUUUUUUUAAUGAUUUGAGGUGGAUCUUUACUUGUCACUUUAUACAUAUUCAUCUGUUUGUUAUUAGGUUGUGUUUGCCUUUUUGAAAAGUGAAUUAUGGUUAUACCUCAUUCAAAUUGAUUUUGCACUUUAUAGUAUUUCCUUUUCAUGCUUUGAGGGAAAUGUCCAUGGGCACUGAGUAAAGCAGAUCAAAAACACUAUUUGAUGCAGAAGGAUAUUAUUCCUUGGGUACAGAUAUGUUCCCUUUUCCCAUUGGAGGAUCGAAGAUGGAACAGGAUUAUCUAUUUAUAAUCUCUUCAUGUCACCAAACUCCAGCCCUCUUUUAUUCCCCCUCCCAAUGUAUAUACAAUGGAAGUGAGAAGAAGAGCAACAUUCCUUCAUUUUGGUGUCCUUUGGGGGUAAUGAAGGUCCCCCUCUAGAUAAACAAAGUCACCCUGAGCGGUGAUGAUGGUCUUAACAGAUGCUGGAUGCAUUCCCAUGGGUUUCCAUUGGUAGGUUUCGUCGCCGUGGUGAUGGUCAGUUAUCCACGCAGCGGAUACCACUGAACCUCAGUCACGUUCCGUUUUCUUGGUGAUUGAGGGAUGAAUAAAAAAUGGAGAUAUGGAAGACACCAAGAAACGGAGAAAGAAGGAUAAAGAGAUGGAUGGAGAGAGGGCAGCAAUUCUAAGGAAAUGUGAGAGAUUGUGAUAACAUGACAAAAGAAUUCAGAUUUCCAUUUCUUUUUUCUUGUUUGCAAUCAAUCGCUAAAUACCAAUGACCAAUCAAGAUCAUCGUUGCAUGCGCGCUCUGUUUAAAAUACUGACCGGGAACCAAUCAGUGUGGUUCUUUCAUAUUUGCAAUUCAUCGCAAACCUUUGUGUUACGGAACUCAGAAUCUACCAUCAUCAUUCCUUGAGGGUUUUUUUUUUUUGGGGGGGGGUGUUUCUUUUUUCCAUUUUUAAGGGGGGCGUGGGUAGGGAAGGAGAGAGAGAGAAAAAGAGAGGGAGGAAAAGAGAGAGAUUAAGUAAGAAAUAAAGCUUUCAUGUUGAUCUCCAAAUGUAUGCUGUAAUCUAUAUGAAGUUCUGGAAAUGACCCCCCCCCCCUAAAUUUUUUGAUAUUCUUUUACAUGAUAUUGAAUGAUACAAGCAACGGCAUGGCAUGCCAUUAAUUUUAACAAAGGGGGGGGGUGGACAGUUUCAACUGAAAUGUUUGAACUUGAUACAAAGUAGGCUAUUAGUUUGAUAUGGAACAACUCAUACUGUGCUCUGUCCUGAAUACCUUAAUUAAUAAAUAUGAUUGUUUCUCGACCAUCCUUGACUGCAGGCAGGCAGUCACAGAGUGGACAAACCUCCCCAUGGGGUCUACCGAUAUACCGGCUGAUCAGAAACGGGGCGGAGCUAGAGUUCUUUGGUAUGGGUUAAUAUUGAGUUAACUUUUAAAAAUCUGAGUUGCAAGGUCUCAUUUGUUACCAGUGUCUGUAAUAUGUUGGGCUAAUGAAGCCCUGAAAAAAAACGCACCUUAAAUCAUUAUUUAGUGCUUU